AUGCAGAUUCCGGCCCAAUUGAUUGACCAGGCCGUGGCCGCCGAGUGGCUCCGCUUGCUCUUCAGGCCGCGCAAAUGGCGGCCGUUGAAAUUGGUGUAUGAUCAUGAUAUUAGGCUUGCGCAGAUGCCGGUGAAUUGUGGCUUUAGGGUUUUGAGGGAGAUUGUUACGAAGAGGUUUCCUUCUUCGAAGGCUGUUUUGGUUAAGUACAGGGAUGAGGAUGGGGAUCUUGUUACUGUUACGAAUACUGCUGAGCUUAGGCUUGCAGAGCUGAAUGUUGAUAAGGAGAAGAAGGAAGGAGAUGAUUCUAGUAGAAGUGAGAAGCUUGCUGUAUUGAGAUUGCAUAUCGUGGAGGUGAGCCCUGAGCAAGAACCAGAAAUGCCCGAAGAAGAGGAAGUAGAGGAGAAGACGUCUGCAGAAGACGAGGGUCUGGUUAAAGGCGAUGAGAGCUUGUCUCAUUCGUCUAUUGGGGAUGAUGCAACAUCACAACAGGAAGAGGGGCCAUCCAAAGAAAAGGAUGAGAAGAAGGGGUGUGAUCAUGCCGAAUGCAAGGAAGUCGAGAUUGAUGACUGGCUCUAUGAUUUUGCCCAGUUGUUCAGGCAGCAAGUCGGAAUUGACCCAGAUGCUCAUUUGGACCUUCAUGAGCUUGGCAUGGAGUUAUGCUCUGAGGCACUUGAGGAGUCAGUGACCAGUGAAGAAGCUCAGAGUCUGUUCGAAAUGGCCGCUGCUAAGUUUCAAGAGGUGGCGGCAUUGGCUUUCUUCAAUUGGGGUAAUGUGCACAUGUGCGCAGCGAGGAAGAAGAUACCUUUGGAUGAAUCAUCGUCUAAGGAAACCAUGGCAGCUCAGCUACGUGUUGCAUAUGAUUGGGUUAGAGAGCGGUAUGCUCUUGCUGGAGAUAAGUAUGCGGAGGCACUCAAGAUCAAGCCCGAUUUCUAUGAAGGGUUGCUAGCACUAGGGCAGCAGCAUUUUGAGACCGCGAAGCUUCAUUGGUCCUUUGCGCUGGCUAGCAAGAUCGACUUGAAAUCAUGGGAUUACUCAGAGACGAUUAGGCUCUUUGAUAGUGCGGAGGAGAAGAUGAAAUCUGCUACUGAUAUGUGGGAGAAGGUAGAAGAGCAGAGAAUAAUUGAGCUGAAGGAUCCCGACUUGAGCAAAAAGGAGGAGCUUUUGAGGAAGAGGAAGAAACAAGGAGUGGGCGCUGAUGGUCAUGGAGAGUUAUCAGCAGAGGAGGCGGCGGAGCAGGCUAAUGUAAUGAGAUCUCAGAUACAUUUGUUCUGGGGUAACAUGCAUUUUGAGCGGUCACAAGUCGAGUUUAAGCUUGGUUUUGGUGAUUGGAAGAAGCACCUUGACGCAGCCGUUGAGCGGUUUAAGCUAGCCGGAGCUCCAGAAGCCGACAUUUCAACAGUGCUGAAGAAUCAUGCGUCAAAUGAAGGUGGAACUAGUAUGGAAUGUGAUGAAAAAAAGGUCACGGGUCUUAGCAACGGCACCUCUGAACCAAACGCCAAGGGCGAAGACGAGCACGCGUCAGAGAAAUAAUCUUUGAUGACACUCCACAAUCAAGGAACGAAGCAACGUGGAGUAGAUGAUUCAUGGUGGUGGAAAGUCACGGCCUUUUUGGCAAUCUCCGCCGUAAGCACCCAGGGCUUACUUUUGUAUCAUUGAUCGUGCUGCAAGUAUGUUCUUCUUUGCUGCAAACUAAGUCAACAUUGUAAUGGCUCAGGUGUGUAACUCUUUUGAAAAAUUUACAUUCACCUUUCUUGAGCAAGCUUCCAAGGAAAAAUAAUGUUUGGAUUUUGUCGUCUGAUAUAUUUGUUGGCAUCAGUAUAUCAUACCGAAUCUGCCCUCUUUUCUUAGUGGAUAGGAGAUAGAUUUAGUACUUUAGCAUUGAGAAACUGAUGUGAUGAUCGUAGGCGUACUUAUACUUGGGCUGAGUGUAAUUGCUUUGAUAAAGUUAGAUUUUUUUUUAUCAUCUUCCUUGUUGUGUG